CGGCCCGCCGGUAACGGUCGCCAGGGCGAGUGGCGGGAGGGGAAGGAAGGGGGUUCAAAUUAUUUUUUUAAAAACUGUGAGCGAGAGCCAAAGGCAUCGCGACCCAGGUGUCGCCGCUUCCUGCUGCAGAGGGCUUGGCGCCCAGGUCCCUCCCUUCUCACGCCCCCUCCCCUUCUGCCCUCCCCUCUGGAGCCUCGCGGCGCUUAAGAGGCGGCGGCGGCGGAUCGAGCGGCCGCUGCAGUCCCGGCGGCCGCGGAGAAGGAGGAAGGAAAGCACAAAGCCCGCUGCGCGAAGCGAGCUGCGAGGUAACAAAGGGAGUCCUUCGACUUGAAGCAUGAGUUCAGAUGCCAGCCAAGGUGUGGUCACUACUCCUCCUCCCCCCAGCAUGCCUCACAAAGAGAGAUAUUUUGACCGCAUCAAUGAGAAUGACCCAGAAUACAUUCGGGAAAGGAACAUGUCUCCUGAUCUACGACAAGACUUCAACAUGAUGGAGCAGAGGAAACGAGUUACUCAGAUCUUGCAAAGUCCUGCCUUUCGAGAAGAUCUGGAAUGCCUUAUCCAAGAACAGAUGAAGAAAGGCCACAACCCAACUGGAUUGCUGGCAUUACAGCAGAUCGCAGAUUACAUCACAACCAAUUCUUUCUCGGGCUUUACUUCACCUCCUCUCAGUCUCGGCAUGGUCACACCUAUCAAUGACCUCCCUGGGGCAGAUACAUCCUCCUACGUGAAGGGAGAGAAACUUACUCGCUGUAAGCUUGCCAGCCUGUAUAGACUCGUGGACUUGUUUGGAUGGGCGCACCUGGCAAAUACCUAUAUCUCCGUAAGAAUAAGUAAGGAGCAAGACCACAUAAUAAUAAUUCCUAGAGGCCUGUCUUUUUCUGAAGCCACAGCCUCCAAUUUGGUGAAAGUCAAUAUCAUAGGAGAAGUGGUUGAUCAGGGAAGUACUAACUUGAAAAUUGACCACACAGGCUUCAGUCCCCAUGCUGCGAUCUAUUCAACACGUCCUGAUGUUAAGUGUGUGAUACACAUCCAUACCCUGGCAACAGCAGCUGUAUCCUCCAUGAAGUGUGGGAUCCUUCCAAUUUCUCAAGAGUCCCUCCUCCUGGGAGAUGUCGCCUAUUAUGACUACCAAGGGUCACUUGAUGAACAGGAGGAGAGAAUUCAACUACAGAAAGUUCUGGGGCCAAGUUGUAAGGUGCUGGUACUCAGAAAUCAUGGUGUGGUAGCCCUUGGAGAAACGAUUGAGGAGGCUUUUCAUUAUAUAUUUAAUGUGCAGAUAGCCUGUGAGAUUCAGGUGCAGGCAUUAGCAGGGGCAGGUGGAGUCGACAAUCUGCUUGUGCUGGAUCUUCAGAAGUAUAAAUCUUUCACUCAUGCUAUAGCAACAACUGGAGGAGGAGGAGUGAAUAUGGGCUCCCAUCAAAAAUGGAAGGUUGGCGAGAUUGAGUUUGAAGGGCUGAUGAGGACUCUGGAUAAUUUGGGGUAUAGAACAGGCUAUGCUUAUAGGCAUCCUCUCAUUCGAGAGAAGCCUAGGCACAAGAGUGACGUGGAAAUCCCAGCAACUGUGACCGCUUUUUCCUUUGAGGAUGACACAGUGCCACUCUCUCCUCUCAAAUACAUGGCACAGAGACAGCAGCGUGAAAAAACAAGAUGGCUGAACUCACCAAAUACUUACAUGAAAGUGAAUGUGCCUGAGGAGUCUCGGAAUGGGGAAACCAGUCCCAGGACCAAAAUCACAUGGUUGAGAGCAGAGGACUCUUCUAAAGUUAGUAGUGGAACACCUAUCAAAAUUGAAGAUCCAAAUCAAUUUGUUCCUUUAAACACAAACCCGAAUGAGGUACUAGAAAAGAGAAAUAAGAUUCGAGAACAAAACCGGUAUGACUUGAAAACAGCUGGACCACAGUCGCAGUUGCUUGCUGGAAUUGUUGUGGACAAGCCCCCUUCUACCAUGCAAUUUGAAGAUGACGAUCAGGCCCCACCAGCUCCUCCCAACCCCUUCAGUCAUCUCACAGAAGGCGAGCUUGAAGAGUAUAAGAAGACAAUCGAGCGUAAACAGCAAGGCCUGGAAGAUGCUGAGCAGGAAUUACUCUCAGAUGACGCUUCAUCUGUUUCACAAAUUCAGUCUCAAACUCAGUCACCGCAAAAUAUCCCUGAAAAAUUAGAAGAAAACCAUGAGCUAUUUUCCAAGAGCUUCAUCUCCAUGGAGGUGCCCGUCAUGGUGGUGAAUGGCAAGGAUGAUAUGCAUGAUGUUGAAGAUGAGCUUGCGAAGCGAGUGAGUAGAUUAACCACAAGCACGACCAUAGAGAACAUCGAGAUUACCAUUAAGUCUCCAGAAAAAAUUGAAGAAGUCCUGUCACCUGAAGGCUCCCCUUCAAAAUCGCCAUCCAAGAAAAAGAAGAAAUUCCGUACUCCUUCUUUUCUGAAAAAGAACAAAAAAAAGGAGAAAGUUGAAGCCUAACUUAACUCUUUUUAUAAUUAUUAUUAUUACAAUGUGACAUUGCACAUUUAAAUACCACACUUAAGUUGAUAAUUAAUAUGCAGUGGUAGAGAAGACUGGGGGUAUGUAGCAAACUGGACUUUAAGAACUGGAAAGGGAUUUUACUAAAAGAAAAACAUAUUAUGAAAAGAACUUCAAAUUCAUCUCUCAUUUUGUAUGUCCAAAAAAGGUUUUGAAUUUUUGAAUAAUUGCUAGUUUUAGUUAGCUCUGCCCUCAUGAAGUAUUACUAUAAUUCACCACAAACAGAUAUCUGUCUGAAUUACUUCAGGCCUUCUCCAUAAUAUCUGUUGGAAACGAAAUACCAGUGCACAAGUGAGAGAAUUUUUAUUUCUCAACACCUGCUUCACUGGGUAAUCAGAUUAUAAUUUUUUACCACGAUUAUUGACUGUACCUUUUGGGUUCCCAUUGUUUCAGUGGGCAUUAACAGAACGCUUUAAAAGCUUCUAAGAAUCUAUAGCAUUAGUAUACACUGGCACAGAAUUUUUUAAAAAAAAAAAUUUAAGAAAAGAUUCAUCUGGAAUUUUAUUCAUAGUAUAAAACUUCCUCACCUGAAGUAACUUUCUUUGCCAAAAAAAAAGAAAUCAUUUUAGUAAACUAUAAUUUUUGAAAACUUCCUUUUUUAUUAGUUGAGAAAGCCCCUUAUUUUUCAACAAAGGGGAUUUUGUACACGUACAUGGGUUAUUUAGUUUAACUCUGGCAAAAACGAUUUUUGUAUGUUGAGAUGUUUGUAUACCAUUCAAUAUAAAAGCAUCAUAAGCAUAUUAGCCAAUCAUAUAACAGUAGAGCAUAUUUGAAGCUGCUUCGUACUAAGUAUGCUUAAAUCUAAUUCAAGAAUCCAGGCACUUGGUAUCUAAAGGAGAUUAAAGCAUUUCAAGGUAUAACUAGAUUCACAUUUGAACCUUAUAAUGUAUUUUUCUCUUAGUAUUGCUAAUGAAUGAAGAUGGUCUCAUGAGGGAAACAAAUGAAAAGGAGGAGAGAAAGUGAAAAAUGAAGGGAACAAAAGCGGUGUCAUGCCAAGAAUUCUAGUUUGAUGAAGACCCACAGUCACGAUAGGAUUUGAAGCAUAGGUUUAUUUGGAACAUGUCCCAGAUUUCUAAAAUUCUGCUUCUCUGCCAAAAUCAUCGUAUUUCUUGGUUUCCUUUUAACUUCUGUAUCUUUAGAAGCAGCACUAGAAGAAAUCAGUGGGUCUGAUCCCCCAACAAGAAAACCUACCACUUCUUGAUUUUUACAAAAUUUUCUCACCUUAUUUCAGUUAACUUUCUUUCUAAUGUAAAUACAAAUUUAAACCUAGACUUAAUAUAGUUUUCUCCCCUUCACCGAAGUGAUGUCACAAAUCAAUGUAAAAUCGAUGAUCCGAAAUGGUCAGUGGGUGAAAAUAAUCCAAAGUGUUUCUGGAGGAUGAGUUGGCGUGUCAAAAUCACAUUACACAUGACAGUGCGUUCUGGAGCAGCUGGUUCUGUUUGGCCGUAUGUGUACGAUGAUGCAAAGCUGAAACGGAGCCUGGAAAUUUCAUUCUGGAUCUCACUAACUACUGGAAUCAGUGUUUUAAUCUCUUAGCAGAAACUUUCAGUUGCUUACUUCUGUAUUUGAGGAUUUUUUUUUUUAUGUUCUACAUCAUUUAUGUUGUAUUACAACGUAUGUAGAAACAGUAACCUGUGAACUAUGCUUUUCCAUAACUUUUUAAAUAUAUAUAUAUCUUAAAUGAAUGCAAUGUGCAUAAAUAUUUUUUAAACGCAACAGUGAACUAUUUGCACCUUUUGCUAAUGCCUCUAUUUACUUGCUUUGGCAUAAAGAAUGAGCCAAUGAACCUCUGUGUCCUGUGGAAAAUGUAUAAAUGUUAUCUGAUAUUGCUCUUAGAUGUAAUGCUAAUUAAUGUUAAAUCACAAAUAAACAGUAUUUUAAAUAGA